AUGGAUGUCAACGACCUUCAUCCACCUGACGACUAUAGUCACAGAUUCUUCAUCUGGCACGAAUGGAUACAGGCCAAUGGACCAUUGACAUCGGAGAAUGUCUUCGACUACUUUGCCACAUCCAUGUUCUACGAUAAACAAAGCAAUAAUCAAGUCCUGCGCAUGCAGACUAUACAUACUGGAAUGCCGAUUGUUAACGAGGCAGAAGAAUUGAGGCGGUUCGUUGGGAUAGAAUUUGCAGUCGUUCAUGCGGAGCCUCCGUCGUUCUUCGUGAUACAAAAGCGUGAAAGAUUGUCUCCUGACGAAGUGAGGCCCUUAGCAGCGUACUUUGUCACCAACAAUCGAAUUUACCAAUCCCCUGAUCUGUACACGGUUCUCUCGAACCGCCUUCUGACCUCCGUGUCUGCGCUCCAAUCAUCACUUGAUAUUCUACGCAAACACCGGCCAGACUAUACUCCGCGUUCUGGUUUUGUUUGGCCGAUUGUAGAUUCGUCAACGGCUGAGGAUGGUGCCAAGAAACGAGACGCAGAAACUGGUGAUGCCUCUUCCGUCAUUUCACAAGCAAGGCCCACAGAAGAACCCAAAAAGCAACAAAAUAACAUGCUCUUAGUUAACGCGAUGCGUGCCACUGCUUUGCACUCAAAGAUGUCUUUUACAACGACUUCGGCAGCACAUGUUGAAAAUGCAACGACGGAGACACCUGUAGCAGCCCCGAUGCGCUCCUCCGCUACCCCUGCUCCAGCACCUCAAGACACAUCCACCAAAGGUGAUUCCACAGCUGCCAUACAGGAUGCUACUCGAGCCCCUCCUGGGGCUGGCAAGAAAAAGAAGAAACGUUCGUGGAUCAAUACUUGA